AUGAAACAAAACAAACAAAUAGAAUACGAAGAAGAGAUUGAGGAGCAAGAGGAGGAACUCAGUCUCGAGCAAAAGAAAGCAUUACUCAAACCAGGUCAAAAGUUAAACAAAAAGGGAGAGAUUGACACAAGAACACCCAAAGAAAGACGUGACGGAUUAAUAAAGAGAAUAUGUACUCGUUUGGUUGAAGAUGAUCAUGUCAGAAGAAUGCGUGGUCUUCGUGAAGUCAAGGGUAUUCUAAAGAAUGACCUUGCUCUCUCUGAAAUAGAUAUGUUAAAAUUAUGGAAAGGUUUAUUCAUGUUGGUAUGGGCUACUGAUGGACCAGUUGUUCAAGAUCAAGUAAAUGAAGAAGUUGCCGAUUUAUUAUUACUCAACAAGAACCCUGCAUUCAACAUUGAGUUGAUUAGAACCUUUUAUAUAACCGUCGAUGAGAAUUGGUCUAGAAUCGAUUAUUUCCGUCUCGACAAGUACCUCUCGUUGGUUCGUAAAGUAACUAAACGUGCAUUCCAAAUUUUAAAGAAUAUUAGAACUAUUGAAGGUGUUGAAGAAGAAGAAAAAGAAGGAGAAGAGGAACAAGAAGAAGAAGAAAAAGAAGAAACAGAAGAACAAAAAGAACAACGUUUAUUAUUGGAAAAGGUGAUUGGAUUACUUGUAGAGGCAUUAAAGACAACUGUAUUGAAUCCAGUACGUGAUGAUCUUACCAACGGUCUUGUAUUGCACAUGUCUGAUAUCUAUUUGGUCGAGUUGUACCAUGUCACCAACGGCCAAAUCGAACCGGCCCAUCUCAACCGUCUCCUCCUUCCAUUCAUCAAUUUCAUCGCCCGUUCACCAGACGACCGUGCCAUCAAGCGUAUCAGAGAGCGUGUCUUCCAACGUCUCCUCACCACCUACUCUCCAUUUGGCGAAACCGAUCCAUGGAUGUUGGACGAAAUCGAAUACAUUGACGACAAUGGCGAUAAAAUCCCUCAAAUCUUCCCAGUUGAAUUUGAUGUUUUGGCAAAGUUAUUCUUUAAGGUUGCUGCUUCAAAGAGUAUUGAAGAUCAUAAUAGAAAGGCAUUACAUUUAUUACGUCAAAAAUGUGAAGAGGCAAGCAAGAAAUUAAAGGAUUUGGAAGCAGACGCUGACAAUAUUUUGGAUGAUGAUGAAUUCGAACAAUUUGGUGAAGAUGAUGAAGAAGAAGGAGAAGAAGAAUUAGAGGAAGAAUUAGAAGAGGGUGACGAGGAUGAAGAUCAAGAAAUCGGUGAAGAAGAUUUGGAGGAUAUGAUUGAAGAAGAGGUUGUUGAAAAGGAUGAAAAGAAACGUAAAAUGCAACAAGAUUUGGAAGAUUUCGAUGACGAUGAAAUCGAAUUAUCAGAUGACGAUGAUCAAGAAAAUAACCCAAUUGGCAACAACCAAUCCUAUAACAAGAACAAGAAACCAACCAGAAAACAAAUGAACAAAAAGAUUAUGAAAUUAGGUAAUCGUGCAUUCUCUAUCGACAAGAGAAAGAGAAAAUAA